AUGGCAGGAUGGCAGGGUUGCAGGAUGGCAGGAUGGGAGGAUGGGAAGAUGGGAGGAUGGGAGGAUGGGAGGAUGGGAGGAUGGGAGGAUGGGAGGAUGGGAGGAUGGGAGGAUGGGAGGAUGGAAGGAUGGGGGGAUGGGGGGAUGGGAGGGUGGUGGGAUGGGAGGAUGGUUGGAUGGUCGGGUGGUGGGAUGGGAGGAUGGCACGACGGUCGGAUGGGAGGAUGGGAGGAUGUGAUGAUGGGAGGAUGGUCGGGUAGUGGGAUGGCAGCACGACACAACGGUCGGAUGGUCGGAUGGGAGGAUGUGGUGAUGGGAGGAUGGUCGGGUGGUGGGAUGGGAGGAUGGCCGGAUGGUAGGUGGUGGGACGGCAGGACGGCACGACGGUCAGGUGGUGGGAUGGGAGGAUUGUCGGGUGGUCGGGUGGUGGGAUGGCAGGAUGGGAGGGUGGCAGGAUGGCGGAAUGGCAAGAUCGGAGGAUGGAUGGGAGACUGGCAGGAUGGCGGAAUGGCAAGAUUGGAGGAUGGUGGGGCAGCAGGAUGGCAGGAUGGCAGGGUUGCAGGAUGGCAGGAUGGGAGGAUGGAAAGAUGGGAGGAUGGGAGGAUGGGAGGAUGGGAAGAUGGGAGGAUGGGAGGAUGGGAGGAUGGGAGGAUGGGAGGAUGGCAGGAUGGGGGGACGGGGGGAUGGGUAGGUGGUGGGAUGGGAGGAUGGUCGGAUGGUCGGGUGGUGGGAUGGCAGGACGGCACGACGGUCGGGUGGUGGGAUGGGAGGAUGGCACGACAGUUGGAUGGUCGAAUGGGAGGAUGUGAUGAUGGGAGGAUGGUCGGGUGGUGGGAUGGCAGGACGGCACGACGGUCGGAUGGGAGGAUGGGAGGAUGGGAGGAUGGGAGGAUGGGAGGAUGGGAGGCAGUCGGGUGGCGGGAUGGGGGGAUGGUCGGAUGGUCGGUGGUGGGACGGCAGGACGGCACGACCGAUGCGAGGGUGGGAGGAUGGCGGAAUGGCAAGAUCGAAGGAUGGUGGGGCAGCAGGAUGGCAGGAUGGCAGGGUUGCAAGAUGGCAGGAUGGGAGGAUGCGAAGAUGGGAGGAUGGGAGGAUAGGAGGAUGGGAAGAUGGGAGGAUGGGAGGAUGGGAGGAUGGGAGGAUGGGAGGAUGGGAGGAUGGGAGGAUGGCAAGAUGGGGGGAUGGGGGGAUGGGAAGGUGGUGGGAUGGGAGGAUGGUCGGAUGGUCGGGUGGUGGGAUGAGAGGACGGCACGACGGUCGGAUGGUCGAAUGGGAGGAUGUGAUGAUCGGAGGAUGGUCGGGUGGUGGGAUGGCAGGACGGCACGACGGUCGGAUGGUCGGAUGGGAGGACGUGAUGAUGGGAUGAUGGGAGGAUGGUCGGGUGGUGGGAUGGGAGGAUGGCGGGAUGGUCGGUGGUGGGACGGCAGGACGGCACGACGGUCGGGUGGUGGGAUGGGAGGAUGGUCGGAUGGUCGGGUGGUGGGAUGGCAGGAUGGGAGGGUGGCAGGACGGCGGAAUGGCAAGAUCGGAGGAUGGUAGGGCAGCAGGAUGCCAGGAUGGCAGGGUUGCAGGAUGGUAGGAUGGGAGGAUGGGAAGAUGAGAGGAUAGGAGGAUGGGAGGAUGGGAGGAUGGCAAGAUGCGUGAAUGGGGGGAUGGGAGGAUGGGAGGGUGGUGGGAUGGGAGAAUGGUCGGAUGGUCGGGUGGUGGGAUGGCAUGACGGCACGACGGUCGGGUGGAGCAAUGGAGCUAGACUAUCGUAUGGUGGGGUGUCGCGUUGAAGCCUGACCAUC